AUGCGCAUUGCAAGUGCUUGCAAAGAAUGUCGAUCCAAAAAACGCCGUUGCAAGGUGAGGGAUUAUGGGCCAUGCGAGCAGUGCGCGCGAAAGGGAACGUCCUGCUCGCUCGAUCUAGGUAAUAGACUACCAAAGGUACCUGCAUUCCUUUCCCCUCCGGUAGUGCAAGGUCCUGUCGAAGUUCUGUCUACGGCGUUUGCAAUUGAGCUUGUGGAUCUCUAUCUCGAGCUGCUUCAUGGCAAACCCCACACGCUUUUUCAUCCUUCCCGACUGCGACAACAAGUGCGAGAAUCUAGUCUUAGCGAUCGUCUUCUCUAUUCCAUCGCAGGCCUCGCCGCGCGUUUUCAUCCCUCCCCGCUUGUCCAGAGCAAAAGAGAACAUUAUAUUGAGCUCGCCAAAGCCGAUCUUAAGGCAUGUAUGGACGACUUCAGCUUGGCAACUAUUCAGGCUUGCAUUCUUGUCGGUCAUCUAUGUGGAGCAGAGAACGAUCGAAACCGGGAAUCUCUAUUCUUCGCCGUCGGUUUCCGCAUUGCACACAUUGUGGAAUUGCCUCAACCAAAAGUGACUGACGACUGGAUUACACGUGAGCAGAGAGUGCGAACAUGGUGGAGCCUCUACAUGACUGAUCGCUGGAGCUCUGCGGGUUUGGACCUUUCUAAACAGAUGCCGGACAAUGAUUUUGUUCCAUAUCCUAUGCAUGAAUUGGACUUCUAUGCCAUGGAUGCCGACACUCCCGCCGCAGGAAUAGAGUCACAAAGAAUCGGCUUGUGGGCGCAGAUGGUUCGGCUAGCGAGAAUCUUCGGCCAGGUCCGAGACCUACAUAAGCAACACGCUGAUGGGCGGCUCAAUAACUUCGAGAUCGAAAUAGUUACCGCUCGUUUGUCGCAAGAUAUCGAAAGUUUCGUUCGCGAGCUGCCUCCAGAACAGCGUAUCGACGAAUCGAACCUCUCGGCAUACGCUUCCAAAGGCCUGGGUCGGGAUCUGGUAGCGCUUCACCUUGGUCUCCAUCAUUACUCUACCCUGCUCUACUUUCCAUUCCUCGACUCGGAGCUUGCCGAAUGUACGAAUCAAGCCUUGUAUGCUUCCCAAUGCAAAAGGAGUGCAGCCGAACUCAGUGAUAUGCUUGCAUUGUCGAAACGAAUAGAAGGCUGCAAGCCAUUGUAUUUCACAGUCGCCCACAUGACCGUCGUGUCAUCUUCAGCACUACUUCAUGAAUUGUUGUUUGGGGAUACGGCCUUGUUAAACGUGACGAGGCAGAGAUUGAAUGGGAAUUUUGAGACCCUCGUGGAGCUGCAACAGCUUUGGCCUACAGCAGAGAUGAUGACGGAUCGUCUUUUCGCGUUCCAAAAUAUGUGCCUACGCUCCCCAGACCCGAACACCCAUCGUGCAGAUAGGUGGAUGGUCAAAUUCUUACUACAACAUGCGAUGCCGGUAGACGAGAAAGCCCCCGAGGCACCUCAUUCGCCUGAAAAUGCUCGCGAGCGGCAUGUAAACGAUGCACUUUCCGUGCUAAGGAGAUCUUAG